AACGAGCGCUGCAUUUCCCAUAUCAUCCCCGAUCUUCAAUUUACAGGUCGCUUGAUCAUACACCCGAAAUCGAAUGACUAUACUUAGCGCCACCAGCUUGGCUCGACCACGCCCAUCUACCUCUGGUGACCUAACGUUCCAUAUCUCGUUAGGUCGCACUUACAGGUUCAAGUGAUUCCAAAAAAAAAAAGCCUCGACUUGCGCACACAAUACCUAACAAAGUUGAAAAUGGGGCUAAAUCGAUACCUGUUUGUAAUUGGCACAUUUUUACAAAUACUCUACACAGGUCACAUUGGAAUGGCGAAACCCAUUAUCCCUGGACAGGAUAUGUAUUACGGGAGUUUGGAGAAAAGCUCCGAAUGCGGUACCAGAAUUCAAGCAACUGAAAUUGAACUCAUGUGGCAAGUGGUACCGGGUCUGGAAGGAUAUACAUCCCAAGUAUGUUUCCGUUAGUCUAUUAGAAACUCACAAUCAAUUAGCAUUAUCUAUUAAUUCGAUAAGACUACGACCUUUCCGCUACGGGCAGGAUCAAGCGGGAAACAACGUCGUGCCUUCACCACACCUCUGUUUGACGAUCGUAGUCCGGAG